AUGACCUUCGGGCGCAGCGGGGCGGCCUCGGUGGUGCUGAACGUGGGCGGCGCCCGGUACUCGCUGUCCCGGGAGCUGCUGAAGGACUUCCCGCUGCGGCGCGUGAGCCGGCUGCACGGCUGCCGCUCGGAGCGCGACGUGCUGGAGGUGUGCGACGACUAUGACCACGAGCGCAACGAGUACUUCUUCGACCGGCACUCGGAGGCCUUCGGCUUCAUCCUUCUCUAUGUCCGAGGCCACGGCAAGCUGCGCUUCGCGCCGCGGAUGUGCGAACUCUCCUUCUACAACGAGAUGAUCUAUUGGGGCCUGGAGGGCGCGCACCUAGAGUACUGCUGCCAGCGCCGCCUCGACGACCGCAUGUCCGAUACCUACACCUUCUACACCGCCGAAGAGCCGGGCGCGCUGGGCCGGGACGAGACGCGACCGGGCCGGGCCGAGGCCGCCCCUUCCCGGCGCUGGCUGGAGCGCAUGCGGCGGACCUUCGAGGAACCCACGUCGUCGCUGGCCGCGCAGAUCUUGGCCAGCGUGUCGGUGGUGUUCGUGAUCGUGUCCAUGGUGGUGCUGUGCGCCAGCACACUGCCCGACUGGCGCGCCGCGGCGGCCGACAACCGCAGCCUGGAUGACCGGAGCAGGUACUCCGCCGGCCCUGGGAGGGAGCCCUCCGGGAUAAUUGAAGCUAUCUGCAUAGGCUGGUUCACUGCGGAGUGCAUCGUGAGGUUCAUCGUCUCCAAAAACAAGUGUGAGUUUGUCAAGAGACCUCUGAACAUCAUUGAUUUACUGGCAAUCACACCGUAUUACAUCUCCGUGUUAAUGACCGUAUUUACAGGCGAGAACUCUCAACUCCAGAGGGCUGGAGUCACCUUGCGGGUGCUUAGAAUGAUGAGGAUUUUUUGGGUGAUUAAGCUGGCCCGUCACUUCAUUGGUCUUCAGACACUUGGUUUGACUCUCAAACGAUGCUACCGAGAGAUGGUUAUGUUACUUGUCUUCAUUUGUGUUGCCAUGGCAAUCUUUAGUGCACUUUCUCAGCUUCUUGAACAUGGGUUGGACCUGGAAACAUCCAACAAGGACUUCGCCAGCAUCCCCGCUGCUUGCUGGUGGGUGAUUAUCUCUAUGACUACAGUUGGCUAUGGAGAUAUGUAUCCUAUCACAGUGCCUGGAAGAAUUCUUGGAGGAGUUUGUGUUGUCAGUGGAAUUGUUCUAUUGGCGCUACCUAUCACUUUUAUCUACCAUAGCUUCGUGCAGUGUUAUCAUGAGCUCAAGUUUAGAUCAGCUAGAUAUAGUAGGAGCCUCUCUGCUGAGUUCCUAAAUUAA